CUCACAGCAUUGACGCGUAUAGGCCUAUUCCACAAACUCGAAAUAAUUAACACUGCUUUAGUUUAAUUGUUAAAUUAUAUUUGAAAGUAAAUUUAUUUAGCAGUUGUAAUACAAUAUCUAACUAAAGGAAAUCCAUAAGAUGGCAAGGUUGGACUUCUUGGCCCAUAAUGAUUAUUGCAUGGCCGUGGCAGCCCUGGCAGCUAAGAGAAGCAAGGACCCUGAAACUCAGGUUGGUGCCUGUAUAGUGAACCAGGAGAAUGACAUUGUUGGCAUCGGUUACAAUCGAAUGCCCAAAGGCUGUGAUGAUGACAAAUUAUCAUGGAAAAGAGAAGGCAGGGACAAAUGGGACACUAAGUACCCUUAUGUGUGCUGUGCAGUGCUUGAAGCCAUAAUGAAUAAGAAUGGCGCUGAUCUGAAAGGCUGCACCAUUUACACGACACUUUUUCCAGGCACUGAGUCUGACAAGCUUAUCAUCGGAGCAGGUAUUACGAAAGUGGUGUAUCUCUCUGACCAGUACCGCGACAUGGAAUUGAUGGCAGCCUCUAAGAAUUUUCUGAAAAUGGCAGGCAUAGAGUUCAGGUGA